GAAGAGCCACGCGAGUCCACAUCGGCCCAUCGACGGACUUAUCCUCCCUUCCUUUGCGUCCUGCCUGUGUGCUGUCUGGCAGGUGCUGACUGAGUGAGUCGUCCGAAUGUCUGAUUCGGUGCCCGACGACCUGUGGCGCCGGCGCAUUCUGCCGUCCCUUCUCGUCCAUGAGGCGGUCUGUGUCCGAGCGAGCUGCCGGGCGAAGGCGACUAGGUGACGGCUGCUCUGCUGGUGGAGCGCAUCGACGGCUCCCUGGCCCGCCACUCACUCACCGGCCUCAUCGACAUCGACCGCACCGCCCCUCUCCCAUUCACCUAUGUGCUGCGGGCGGUGUGCUGGAGCAGGGCAGCGACGAGUGGCCUGGGAUGGGGCGGUUCAUCCGGCUGGCCGCCAUCUAUCGGCUGACCCCUGCCAAUGGGCUGCCCCUGGUGCUGUCGGCUCAGUGGCUGACAGUCCACCUGCCCAGCAGGACGGCAUUCCAUCAGCUGCCAUUGGCCAUGGCCAUCUAUCGGCUGUUCGGCCACCUCCUUACACACAAUGGACACAGCCUGGCGCUGCAGCGAACGGCCGGCAACGGAUACUAUCGCAUCGGCAAUCAGUCGUUCCGUGUAGUGGCGUUGGGUGAGCUGUGGGGCGGCCAUGGCUAUGCCGACGGCUAUCAGAGGACCGACCCCGUCAUCCGCUGGGGCGGUAACCUCUACCCCUCAUUCUCGACAUUCCUGCUGCACAGUCUGCUCUCCCAAUGGUGGGAUGGAGAGGGGGUGGGUCAGAAGUCCGUGCUCACUGCACAGAUCGGCCAGCCGGGUGCAGUCAUCGGCCGUGGUGACCCUCGCUUUGACCGUCUGCUGAGGACCGACGACAUCACAGAGGAUCAGGGCAUCGCUGUCGACUACCGCUGUGAUGGGGCCAUCUGAAUGUUGAUGCGACUAAUUACCGUCGUGUGAUUGUGAGCGGCGUCCGCCAGGGCGAGACCGUGGCUGCAUAUCUGUGGAUGGGGUAUGGCCGCAUCGUGCUGCGGACGACCGAGGCACCUGCUGCCGAUCGGUCUCAGCCACUCGCUCAGCGCUUUCCGGAGUCCAUGCCCGUAUGGCGCCGUCUGCUGCGGCACUUCGAGCUCGAGACCGACGUCAUCGACAGGGGGAGGGUAAUAGGGUGAGUGGUGCUGGAUCGAUGGGUGUCGUGAUGCUCUAUGAAACGGGCGUCGUGCCUGGUCGAGUGCGACGCAACACCGAUCGAUCGAUCCAACAUUCGUACACACGGCACAGACGUAUAUCCAAUGAGAGACAGACAUGCAUCGUAUCUGUCACUGUCUGUCGAUUGGCUCUUCGAUCCGUCAAUCGACCGACUGACACGACACACCAGUGAGUCUGUGGAUUGUGGAUGAGUCUCUGUAUUGAGCGAAGGGGCCAAUACAUGUAUUGGGCAAGAGUGGGCAAGAGUGGGCAACUAUGGGCAAAACUUUGGCUGACUUCAUGCAUGAUACGAUUGCUUUUGUCAAGACUCGCUGACUGCGUGGCUUCGUUCACCAAAUGAAUGAAUG